UUGGAUACUUCUAUUCUUUCGCAUUUAACCCUAGAACUCUUGCUUAAAAUGUUCGAGCCCAGGGCGAUUUAUAAAUCAUCGCCCUUUUGCAGUAAGUAGAUUCAUCUAAUUUGGUCCGAAUGUUUUAAGCGACUUGGAGGUAGGGUUUUAAUUAAAUAGCAAUUUGAUUAGAGAACUUUGGUUAGGAAACUCUGAAAAUUGGACAACGUGGUUCAUCUUUGUCGGGGAUUUUUAGAAGAGACCUCAACGAAAACUUGAUAUGGAUGUAGAUUCAAACGACAGCGACAAAGAAAUCGACUUUUGCGAAACGAACACGCAGCGUUUGAUCGCUGAAAGCGGUGGCCGAUGCAUGAGCACGCAAGCGAUGCAAUCUCUCUAUGAUUUUCGACAGAAUAAUCUACUUUGCGAUGCUGUUAUAAGACUCGAAGAUGGAGGCAUUUUUCCGAUUCACCGAGCCAUUUUGUCGGCGUGUAGUCCGUACUUUAGAACACUGUUCACGACCACGUUGCAUUCGCGGGAAAAAACGGACGUACUGUUACCGGGUGUCAGCAGUAACAUGAUGAAUCUCCUUCUGGAGUACGCGUACCUGCGAUCCAUCAGCAUAAAUAACGAGAACGUCUAUCAGCUGCUGGUCACCGCGGAUUAUUUGAACGUUCUCGGUGUUCUCGAACUCUGCUGCGAGUACCUGAAGCAAAAUCUAGCUGCAGAAAACUGCAUCAGCGUCAUGAGGUUCGCCCGAGAACACUUUUGCAAGGGGCUGGAGAACAGCACGUAUCGUUAUGUCAUGAGAUACUUUGUGCAGGUAGCUCAGCGAAGCGAGGAAAUACUUGAAUUACCGAUUGAAGAAUUGACAGCAUUGAUCGGUGCUGACGAGCUGAACGUGAAAAGCGAGGACACGGUUUGGGAGCUGGUAUUGAAAUGGAUCGAUCACGAUCCUCAAUCACGAAAAAAAUACAUAGUCGAUCUGAUGAAGAACAUUCGCCUCGGACUACUGGAUACACAAUUCUUCUUGGAGAAUGUGAAAGAUCAUCCGUACGUUACUGGAAACGACGCGUGCCGGCCUAUUAUUAUUGAAACCUUAAAAUUUUUGUACGAUCUCGAGAUUAUCACGCAAAAAGAUGGGGAGAUACCCACGCCAAAGAUCGCACGACCACGGGUACCCCAUGAAAUAUUGUUCGCCAUAGGUGGUUGGAGCGGCAGAAGUCCGACGAACUUCAUCGAAACUUACGACACCAGAGCUGAUCGAUGGGUUAAGGUGGAAGAGGUAGAUCCGAUCGGACCUCGUGCAUAUCAUAGUACAGCGGUGGUCGGUUUUAACAUUUACGUAAUCGGUGGUUUCAACGGAUCUGAUUACUUUAACAGUUGCCGUUGCUUCAAUGCUGUCACCAAAGUUUGGAGAGAAAUUGCUCCAAUGAACGCCAGAAGGUGUUACGUUAGCGUUGCAGUACUCAACGAUCUGAUUUACGCGAUGGGAGGAUACGAUGGGUAUUAUCGACAAAGCACCGCGGAACGUUAUAAUUACAAAACUAAUCAAUGGUCUCUCAUUGCGUCGAUGAAUUGCCAAAGAUCGGACGCCAGUGCAACUACUUUAAACGAUAAAAUUUACAUCACGGGUGGUUUCAAUGGACACGAAUGUUUAAACUCGGCCGAAGUGUACGAUCCAGAAACCAAUCAAUGGACAUUGGUCGCUCCGAUGAGAUCCCGUAGGAGCGGAGUAUCGUGCAUAGCCUAUCACGGUCACGUAUACGUAAUUGGAGGUUUCAAUGGGAUAUCCAGAAUGUGCAGCGGGGAAAAAUAUAAUCCCGCCACUAACGUUUGGACGCAAAUUCCAGAUAUGUACAAUUCACGCAGUAAUUUCGCGAUCGGAGUGAUCGAUGACAUGAUUUUUGCAAUCGGAGGAUUCAACGGUGUCACCACCAUCUAUCACGUUGAAUGUUACGAUGAAAAAACGAAUGGAUGGUACGAAGCAACAGAUAUGAAUGUAUAUCGUUCAGCGUUGUCAGCCUGCGUAAUUAUGGGCUUACCGAACGUGAAUGACUACAUUCACAAGCAUCGAGAACGUUUGAUGGAAGAAAAGCGACAGAAAUUGUUAGCACUGGAGGUGCACCGUAGUCAGCAUCAACAUCAACAGGAUCAAAUGCAUCAGAACCGCGAGAACAUGUUGAACCACGAAAAUAUAUCUGCUUCAUCAUCGAUAUCUCAGGCGAACAGUACUAGCAAUGAACCUAGACAAAAUUAACGACAGAAUGGAGUAUUAAGAAAUGGGACUUUGAAAGCAUUCAUUUAAUGCCCUGUCGAAUGAUAAUUGAAACGAGGAACAAUGAGCAUCCUGAAUUGCUGAUCAAUCUGUAAUUAAAUUCAACGAAAACGUUCAUUGCAACUGGGUGCAUUGGAGUGAACGAGAUGCAGCUGCACCUAAGUGUCAUAUAUUUUUGAUCUGACAAAGUUUUUAAUGAAAAUCAGGAAUUUCAUUUUUCUAUUCAACAGGCAAUAUGCACUUCUAUUGUCAUUGCAUAUUAUACAAAGCUAUAACAUAUUUGUUGAACAGCAUAAUAUUUUCAUAUUCUUAUUUACCCGAGUUUCUUAAACGAAAUAUGUUUUACUCUUAUACAUGUUUCUAUUAGCUCUUUUUGUGAUAUGAUUUUGUACCAAGUUUAUUAGACGACUUUAUACUUAUAAAUGAACUUUAAACAAUAAUAAGAGAACAAAUGGUUAUUGAAAUGUAGAUUGUAAAUGUCAAUAACCCUGACAAAGAACAUUAACAAAAAUGGCUAAAAUAAAAUCCUACAACAGUUAAUAAAGAAGCUAUUAAUAGAAUCUUUCGAUCUGAUUUGUUUUUUAAUUAAUUAACAGGGGGAUAUUAUUGCUUUUAAU